GGCCCUGCACGAACGCAUGCUCCGCACUCGCUGCUACGGACGAACACGUAAACUUUGCCGAACUUGCGAACUGUGUAAAAGUGCGCAGUGGACAAAAUUGGAUGUAAUUUGUGCAAUUCAUGUAUUUCAUUGUGUGCUGUGACAUAGAAUAAUUUUGUGAAUAUCGCAUAGUUUGGAGGAAACUGUUUAUUGCGGUAAACUUUGGAUAAUUACACUAUUUGUAUAGUGAUGGAUGACAUUUAAAUAUUUUAUGGGUUGUGUACGAUGAUGGUGUCGCGCAGUGUGGCGGCCUGUGCUCGCGAUUGUACGCUGAAGUGAAUCAGACGGCAGUACCAUGAUACCAGCGCACGCGCACCCCUGUCUUCUCCUGCUACUGGCGAUGUUUCUCACUAGAGAAUACGGAGUUACCAGUUUGGAGCUACUGGAGUUGCGCGUGCCGGCGCACGUAGCGCUGGGCACGCGCGCGGCGCUGGCGUGCCGCUGGGCGCUGGGCCCGGCCGACGUGCUCUACUCCGUCAAGUGGUAUAAGGACGGCAAGGAGUUCUUCCGCCACGUGCCGCGCGACCACGAACCUCGAAGGAAGUUCCCUUUGCCAGGAGUCGACGUCGAGAAAUCAAGUCCAAAUGGUGCUAAUAUAACGCUCUACCCUGCCGUGUUGGAGACGGGGGGCCGCUACCGGUGCGAAGUGUCGGGAGAACGGCCCCUGUUCCCUACCGUGUCCGAUCAUGGAGACAUGGUUAUUGUUGCUCUUCCUGACCACGGUCCCACAAUCACAGGGUCCCGUCUUCGAUACCAGAUAGGAGAUAGAGUCCAAGUCAAUUGCACAUCAGGUCGGUCCAGACCCGCCACAAGACUUGCAUGGUACAUCAAUGGAGAACCAGCCCCCUCUAUAGCUCUCGUGCCACCCACGCACGAGAAGCAUGAAGACGGACUAGAAACCACGAGUCUGGCGCUCGACUUCAAAGUGAAGCCUAAACAUUUUAGGAAAGGCGACCUAAAACUUAAGUGUCUGGCAACAAUAGCAACAGUGUAUUGGCGGAGCAAUGAAGAGAGUGUGCAGGGUGAGAGACUGAAGGGGUACUCCAGGUCCAGGGAGCUCACUGAGAGCUCCAGAGCUGACAGGGUGCAAGCGGCGGGGAAGCCAGGCAGUGCAGCCGCUACCCACGCCAUCACACUCUACCUACCCCUCCUCUGUGUCAUAAUACACAUAUCACACCACAAGUACCAUUCGUAAAAGAACAAUUUUUAAAACAAACUAUUAGUGAAGUUUUGUAGCUAAAUAAAGUGAUGAAAUGUGCUAAAACUUUCGAAAUAAAUGCUUUAUUCAAUGCGACUACGAGACUUAGGCUUAUACGAAUGUAUCCAAUUUUGCAUGUCUGACUAAUCUAAGUGAUGUACUAAUAGAAUAACCGUUUACAAAUCCCGCUUCGUGAUGUUACGUGUGCCAUCAAUGUCAGAAUAACAAUCAGUAUUUUAAUUUUAAACCUCGUGCAUAGUUCCAAAGGUAACCAAAGUACUGUAACAGUCUACCAUUUUAUGAUUUAUUAUAGAAUUUCAGAUGAAAUAUUAUGUACAUCUCGUCAUUCCAAUUAACGGUGGAAAACCGUUGUAUGUUGUAUAUAAAUUAUAAGUACCUACCUAAGUAUCUCAUUUCAUAAUAUUAACAUAUCAUUAUCGUUCACUAACUGUACUUUAUAAACGCAAUUAAUAUUGUAGAACCAUGCAUUUAUUAUGUGUACGUUGCAUAAGGAUACAACUGGUUGUAUGAAUAGGAUAUAUUUUACUUUACAGUGAAAUUCUGAACUAUGGAGCAUGGACAAAAAUGAUCUAAGGAUUAUCAAACUGAUUGACCAUCUUAGUUUCUACUUUGCGACAAUCGCUAUAUUAAAAACAUAUUCUUAAAUUUAAGUUAAGUUCGGUCGUGUAUGGAGUACUGCUCCCAUCUUUGGGAUGGCUCGGCGAAAUACCAGUUAGAAGCCCUCGAAUCCAUCAAAAAGCGUGCCAAGAAGCUCAUCAAUGACGAUUCGCUUGCGGAGGCUCGGCUACAAAGCCUCGAACACAGGCGCAAGGUCGCAAGCCUUUCGGUCUUCUAUCGGAUACAUUUCGGUGAGUGUGCGUGAGAAUUGCACAAACUUAUUCCCCCUAGUCCAUUUCACCACCGUACCACCAGAUGAACGGCGGGGCGCCACCUUUAUAUGAUGGACAUUCCACCCAUUCGCACGAAGCGUUUCGCGUCAAGCUUCCUCAUGCGAACCGCUAAGGAAUGGAA